UCCGAAAAGUAUGCGAUGGCAAUCCUGGCCGCGAGGCGAACUUUCUAGAAAUCAUCAGCUGAACCGAACGGCGUUGAACGGGCAGUCGGCAGUACAGUUCCAGAACGUUCUCAAGCUUGUUGUUGGUCUGCUGUGUUGCUGCUGCUGCGUGUGUUGAAAAUCAAGACCGAACAGGAUAAACGGCACAAAAUGGUGAAAGAAACAGGUUUCUACGAUAUAUUAGGCGUAAAGCCUGGAUGUUCCCAGGAUGAUCUGAAGAAGGCAUAUCGGAAACUGGCACUCAAGUACCACCCAGACAAGAACCCGAACGAGGGCGACAAGUUCAAGCAGAUCUCGAUGGCGUACGAGGUCCUUUCGGAUCCGGAAAAGAAGGCCAUCUACGACGAGGGUGGCGAACAGGCCAUCAAGAAGGGCGGCGGCGGAGGAGGUGGUGGUUUCCACAGCCCAAUGGACAUCUUCGAGAUGUUCUUCAACGGUGGCAUGAGCGGACGAAGCAAACGAGAACGUCGUGGCAAGGAUCUCGUUCAUCAGCUAUCGGUCACACUGGAGGAACUGUACUCGGGCACCACCAGGAAGUUAGCUUUACAAAAGAACAUUAUCUGUGAUCAGUGCGAGGGUCAUGGCGGUAAGAAGGGCGCCGUUCAGAAAUGCACCCCGUGUCGCGGUACCGGCGUGACGACCAAGCUGCAGCAAAUCGCCCCUGGUUUUGUCCAGCAGUUCGAGGAGGCGUGUCGCAACUGUCGAGGCAUGGGCGAAAUCAUUGACGAGAAGGACAAGUGCCGGAAGUGCAACGGCCGAAAAACAGUGCGGGAUCGUAAAAUUCUUGAGGUGAACGUAGAAAAGGGUAUGCGCGACGGCCAGAAGAUCGUAUUCACAGGCGAAGGUGACCAGGACCCGGAUUUGCAGCCCGGUGACAUUGUGAUAGUAUUGGACGAAAAGGAACACCCGAUCUUUAAGCGUUCCGGUCAGGAUUUGAUCAUGCACAUGCAGCUGCAGUUGGUAGAGUCGCUUUGUGGUUUCCAGAAGAUAAUCCGAACGCUGGACGAUCGGGAUUUGCUCAUCACCUCCUACCCGGGCGAAGUCAUGAAGCACGAAGCAGUCAAGUACGUCUCCGGCGAGGGAAUGCCUCAAUACAAAAAUCCAUUUGAGAAGGGACGUCUUAUCAUCCAGUUUUUCGUCGUGUUCCCGGAUUCCGUGCCGAUUGAUCUGGUCCCCUCACUGGAACAGUGUCUACCGGGACGGCCUGCCGUGAAGGUUCCUGAAGAAGCCGAAGAAUGCAACAUGUUGGAACUGGAUCCAGAGCAGGAUCGCCGAAGUGGUAUGUAUAAGAACGCCUACGACGAGGACGAGGACCACCACGGUCCGGGAGUGCGGGUGCAGCAGUGUGCCACCAGUUAAACGCAAAUUGCGAAGCAUUGUGUGGGAAUGGGACAAAAAAAUAACACGGAAAACCGAAGGAACGUGGACGUUAACUCUGUCAGUGUGGUGUCUGUCAGUGCAUUAGAUGCUAAAUUAGGAACUUAGUUUUUGUCUUCUUAACCAAAACCGCCGUUUUAAGCUAAAGAAAAACACAACAACUCACAAACAGAUAGCAACACAAGAAGCAGCAACUGUUAACAAGUUUGAGGAAAAAUAUUGGCAUACCGAACAGGACAGUGUCCACAUUUUUUUCAUUUAAUUGUUUUGGACGUAUGAAGGAAUCGUACUUCGAUAAAAGUAAUUAUACAAUCUUUGGCAAAUUUACUUCGCAAGCUGCUCUCCAUCAUUCAUUCCAAAAGAGAAAAAACUAGAAGCAGAUCAGCAACAUCCCAUCUAUUUUUGCUCUUAUCACCCAAUAAAGGAGGUAUUUUUUGUUCAGAACUAUUCA